UUUAGUCAAUUUUGUAAUUCUUCAUGAAAUUAUUUUAUUUUAAGACAACAAUCCCGUUUGUCUAAUCAAAUGCCUAUAAAAGCACACAAAUGCUUCUUUCCCGUAAACACCAAAACAAACCUUAAGCUUAUAAUCAUUCGAAAUGGCAUUCAACCGCAACUCUGAUGAGAACUUCAUUGCGAUUCUUAGCAUUGAUGGAGGUGGUAUUAGAGGGAUCAUUCCUGCUACUAUUCUUGCUUUCCUUGAAGCCCAACUUCAAGAAUUAGACGGUGAAAAAGUAAGAAUCUGCGACUAUUUCGACUUGAUUGCUGGAACAAGCACCGGAGGAUUGGUGACCGCCAUGUUAACAGCUCCAAAUGAAGAUAAGCGUCCUCUUUUUGCUGCAAAAGACAUUGUUCCCUUUUACAUAGAGCACGGCCCUAAGAUAUUUCCAGAACGAUACAUGACAUGCAGAGGCGGCGGUCUGUUUGGAACAAUCAGAAGAAGUUUGGCAUCUUUGAGUGGUCCCAAAUAUGACGGUAAAUACCUCCAAGAAGUUCUUGAAGAAAAGCUUGGAAACACUCGACUGCAUCAAACUUUGACUCCAGUUGUCAUCCCCACCUUCGACAUCAAUAACUUUCAACCACUUGUAUUCACCAACUACGAGGCGGAGGAUUGUCCUGAGUUGGCCGUUAAAUUGUCAGACAUAUGCAUAGGAAGUUCCGCAGCUCCAACGUAUUUUCCUGCUCAUUGUUUUCAGAACACUGAUGAUAAAGGCAACAUGUUUGAGUUCAACCUCGUCGAUGGCGGCGUCUGCGCUAACAAUCCGACUCUGGUUGCGAUCAGCACAGUGACGCAAAAAAUGGUGAGGAAAGAUCCAGAUUUCCCAAUAUGGCAAGGAACCCAUAAUCCCAGAAUUCAAAAUAUUAUUUUUCCAACCAAUAACUACCAACCACGACGACGGUUCCUAAUACUUUCAUUAGGCACAGGAUCUUCAAAAUAUUCCCAGAAAUACACUGCCGACAUGGCGGCCAAAUGGGGAAUCGUCGGAUGGUUGACUCACGCCGGCGCCAACCCUUUGAUUGAUCUUUUCUCCCACGCUAGCUCCGACAUGGUGGAUUAUCACAUCGCCACCAGUUUUCAGUCCCUCGAUUUCGGAGACAACUACCUCCGAAUUCAAGAAGAUAAGUUAGAGGGAGAUUUGGCCUCGGUUGAUGUGACGACGGAGGAGAAUUUGAAGAGAUUGCAAGAAGUUGGGGAAGAGUUGCUGAGGAAACCUGUUUCCAAAUUGGAUCUUUUGACUGGACACUAUAAGCCUGUUCCUACUCGUGGGACAAAUGAACAAGCCUUGAAAAGGUUUGCGAAAAUGCUAUCAGAGAAUAAGAAAAAUUAUUCUUCCACAUGCUCUGUCGAGUCGGAGUGUGGGGGCACUUACUCUUUAGGGCUGGUGAUUUAGUCUUUUGGGGUAAGAGAAUAAGAGAAAUCGCUAAAUGAAUGAAGUCAAAUAAGAUACGAAAUGUCAAGUAUUUAAUUCAAUUUUUUCUUAAGUGUAAUGCGUGAUCUGGAAACUAAUUAAGCUAUUCG